AUGGCAUCCUUUUUGCUGAAAUCACUUUUAAUCUGUUUGUGCGCUGGUAUGUCGAUUGCACAGCAGCAUCAAGGCACUGGCCUACAAUCCUACUCGGGAUAUGCUGCACCCUACCAAUAUGGCGGCCAGAAUGCACAAUAUCCUAUCAACAAUCACGCUGGCUUACAGUCACAAAAUCCGAAUAACCGCAUUUUUGGCUUACUUGGCGGCGGCAGUGGUGGUGGCUUGUUUGGUAACUUGUUAAGUGGUUUAACUGGCGGCAAUCGUUAUCCCACUUCAUAUCCAUACCCAGUACCUGUGCCUAGCUAUGGCGGUUUUGGUGGUUAUCCCGGCAUUGGAGGUGGAUAUCCUGGCAUCGGCGGUGGAUAUCCAGGCUUCGGUGGUGGUUUUCCAGGCUACGGUUAUGGCGGUGGUUUUUAUGGUUGA